CAAUUGAAACAAAAUAUGACCGUUUGGCCACUGAACCCACUAUAUUAUACCAUCCACCGAAUCCAAAUCCAAAUCACACCACAGCACAAGCUUCAGUUUCCAUCACAAUCUCAAUCCUUCUUCAUCACAAUCACUAAAGUUUCCAUCUUUACAUUCAAAAUCCAAAUGGGUCUAUCAAUCAACAACGUGCCAGCCACAGUCACACCAAGACACUACAACAUCCACAAAUUAUUCCUUUUUUGUAACUAUAUCCUUUUAGGUGCAGCUUCCAGCUGCAUCUUCCUCACUCUCUCACUCCGCCUCGUCCCUUCACUUUGUGGCUUCUUCUUAAUCCUUCUCCACAUCUUCACCAUAGCAGGUGCUGUUUCAGGCUGUGCUGCUGUUGGUGCUAACCGUUGGUACUCUGCUCACAUGGUAGCAACUGUUCUAACCGCUAUAUUUCAGGGUUCUGUUUCUGUUCUUGUUUUCACAAGGACUGGUGAUUUUCUUGGUCAGUUGAAAUCUUAUGUCAGAGAAGAAGAUGGUUCUGUGAUUCUUAAGUUGUCUGGUGGACUUGCUAUUUUGAUCUUUUUCUUGGAAUGGAUUGUUUUGACACUUGCUUUUUUCUUGAAGUACUAUGCCUGUGUUGAAGGUGGAAAUAAUAAUAGGGCUAUUGUUUUGGGAAGUGCUAAGGUUCAUCAACAGGAUGAAGAUUUGAAGGACUGGCCAUGGCCUUUUCAGGUUUAAAUUUUUCAUAUGAAUUGGAAUGAAAAGUUUGAGUGACAAGGGAAGAAAAAACAACACUACUGUGUGCUGUUGUUUUAAUAUGCAUUUUUUUGUUGUUUUAAUAUGCAUUUUUUUUGUGUUACAGAAUUUCUCUGUUUAGUAGUAAUAUUUUUUAAUUCAUUGGGGAAUUACAUGUUUUUUCUCCUAAUGUAGAUGUUGCAUGUCAAGAGGGUAUCCGUUUUGGAAUGUAAUUACUAUGUUGGUUUUCAGUGGUUGUUAAUCAGAUUCAGAAUUUCAGUACUAAUUUGCCAUUUUAAUUCUA